AUGAACCGGUACGGUGUGGGAGAGUAUAAAAGAAAAGGAGAAGUGGGAGGAAGGGAUGGUAGGGCGUAUGGGGAGAGAAAGUGGGACGGGCAGGCCGGGCAGGACCGGCGGGGAAGUCGGCUGACCGCUGGGGCUUACGUCAGGGGGUCGGUUACAUUCCUUCUGGGGCGGGAGCAAUUGCUGUCAGAGGCACCCAACCCGGGCAGCCCCACUUCCUCUGCCCCAAUCUCUCCUGUCCUUCCCCUUCCCCUUCCCCCUCCCCUUCAUAAGCAGGGGCAGGCCCAGCUCUCUCUCUUGCUUCUUUCUGCUCUCUCUCUCUCUCUCUCUAUCAUCUAUCUACAAGAAGUAUACGUGUAUAACAAAGUAGGGAAUUCCCCUCUCUCUCUCUCAGAAGUACAAGUGUAUAACAAGGCUACAAUGCAUAGCUUCAUCGCCACUCUCUCCAUCUCCACCAUUCCAAGAAUUGGAAUCUUCGGCCGCGACAGAAUAUUUGUUGAUGGAAUCAUCAUCACCAUGGAUUUGAACAUUGCUCUUGAAAACAACUCAAAAACAACGGCAGCCGCCAUCGCGGUUUUCUCGCCUUAGACAGGCGCUAUCCUACCUGAGCUUUUCCCCCUCUACUUCCCCCACCUCCUUAUUCCAAGGUCUUUUCCUUUGCUCAGUCCCCAGAGCUGUAGUGUUCUUGACCUUGUAAGACCUUUUCUUGACCUUGUAAGACCCUACGCCACAUUUGCUAUCUUGCUUUCUUCUUCCAUUACCACCUCUCCAUUAGAAAGCCCUGGUGGAGAUCUACCCUUCCAUUUUCCUUCAUUAUCACCCUUCCUUUCUUCUCUCCCUCUGUCUAUCCCUCCUGAGCUAUUUAAAACUCGAAUUUCCAUACUUCUUGCUUUCAAAUUAUUGGCAAUUAUAUGUAAUUUUUUU